AUGUCCUGGCUAAGGCUGAUACGAUUUGAGGACAAGGCAGGACGGGUGCAAUUCGGGGAGCCUGUUGUUGAUAAUGCAGAUGACGUGAAGGUGCUUCUCGAGCAAGGGAGGCUUUCAGCAAAGGUUUUGGCUGGUGAUGGGCCUUUCGAUUUAGAACCUACAUUUCAAGAAACAACAACAGUCAAGCUACUACUGCCGCUGUUAUAUCCCAACGAUGUUCCGAUAAUAAAAUGCAUCGGAUUGAACUAUGUGAAGCACAUCCAGGAAGCCGGUCGGACGCCUCCACCUUUCCCGUCAUUCUUCAUCAAACCAAAGACUUCGAUAGCGAGCCACGACGAAGAUAUUCCCAUUCCCAAGGUCUGUCAAGAUCAUCAAAUCGACUGGGAAGGGGAGCUCUGCAUUGUCAUUGGCAAGACCGGCAAAAACAUUCAAGAACACGAGGCACUCGAUUACGUUGCUGGCUAUGUAGUAUCUAACGACGUUUCUUCUCGCAAGUGGCAACGAGAUCCUGCAUACGCAGGUGGUGUUCCGCAAUGGUGCUUCAGUAAGGGAUUCGACAAGUGGGCGCCACUGGGUUCGGUUUUGGUGUCUCCCAAGGUGCUGGGCAACGCAGAUAAUCUAGCACUUCAGACAUUGGUAGAUGGAGAGGUAAUGCAGGACUCGAACACCUCGGAUCUUCUGUUUGGGGUUGAAAAGGUGGUUUCAUUCAUCAGUCAGGGCACGACACUCGAGAAAGGGACAGUAGUUAUGACAGGGACUCCAUCAGGAGUGGGAAUGGGGAGAAAUCCUCAGGUAUUCCUUGAAGACGGACAAGUGGUCGAGGUAAAGAUUGAACAGUUGGGCAGCAUUAAAAACAGAAUGCGGUUCGAGUGA